AUGCAUGCCCGCCGCCGCUCCGCCUUCGGCUACCGCGGCGUUCGCGCGCGGCCAGGCGGCCGCUUCGACACCGAGAUUCGCUCCGGUGAGGAGCGCAUCCGCCUCAGCACCUUCGACAUGGCGCACGAGGCGGCGCGCGCCUACGACGCCAUCGCCUGGCGCCUCGGCCUCUCCCGCCGCACAAUGAACUUCCACGAUUUGUGGACGCGGGAGCAGGCAGAGGCGCUCGCGCCGCCGUCGCCGGCCGUCACGUGCGAGCAGCAACGGCGCCAAAGCGAGCUCCAGCAACGGCUCCUCAUCGCGGAGCGCGACGAGCGCCUCUGCCUCGAGUGGGUGCGGCAGUUAUUCAUCGAGCUGUGCAUUGGAUACAGUUAUGGGCUUUCCUGCUACCGGAGGAUCAGCGCAAGGAUAUGGAUACUGGCUGCAACAAGCUGCUGA